AUGAGCGACCAACAGACGGAUCAAAACAAACCAGCUAAACCUCACGCGGUCCUCACAAACCCUGAGGUACUGAGUAACCCACAUGCGGAUACUGGAGGACCACCUCCUGAAGAAAUUGAAGCCGAUGAAGAUUUGCUCGUUGAUCUAGAAGACGAUGCGGAUGAAAUAUAUUUGGUUCACUCCAGAAUAUCGUCCAUGAAGAGCUUGAAGUUAGAACGGUUUAUGAAUAUCGAGAAAAUAUGUCUACGCCAGAACCAAAUAACCCGCAUAUAUCUCCCCGAGAACCUCGCACCAACCUUAAAAGAACUUGACCUUUAUGACAACAACAUCUCACACGUGAAAGGGCUGGAUCACGUCGUGAAUUUGACAAGCCUCGACCUUAGUUUCAAUGAUAUCAAACAUAUCAAGAAUAUCUCUACAUUAGUACACCUGAAGGAUUUAUACUUCAUUCAAAACCGAAUUCAAACAAUCGAAGGGCUGGAAGAGCUCAAAGAAUUGCGGAAUCUGGAGCUUGGUGCAAACAAGAUAAGAGAAAUUGACAACCUUGACACAUUGACAGCUCUUGAAGAGCUAUGGCUCGGAAAGAACAAAAUAUCCGAAAUUAAGAACAUUUCGUCUCUUACUAAUCUCAAAAUACUUUCAAUACCCUCUAACCGAAUUGAAACACUAUCUGGACUAGAGUCUCUUUCAAACCUCGAGGAGCUCUACCUAUCUGAUAAUCUCCUUACUGGGAUAUCUGGGCUUGAAAGCAACACAAAUCUCCGUGUUCUAGACAUAUCCAACAACAAAGUGUCGCGGCUAGAAAACCUAUCUCAUCUUACCAAGUUAGAGGAGCUUUGGGCAUCAAAUAACCAGCUCGCUAGUUUUGAAGAAGUUGAGCGUGAGCUGAAAGACAAAGAAGAGUUAAAUACGGUGUACUUUGAAGGGAACCCCUUACAGAAAGCGGCGCCUGCUCUUUAUCGGAAUAAAGUACGGCUUGCUUUGCCUCAAAUUAAGCAAAUUGAUGCCACGUAUGUGAGAGUAUAA